UCAAUAGAGAGAGAGGCGGGGGGAUUUCUACUGAAUUGCUUCUAGUAGUUAGUCUCUUGGGACAACCUCCUAAUGUCUUAUGCUGUGCAUGUCCCUUCUCUGCCUCCCUUUGAAGCUGCUGCUUAAGUCAGGCAGCUAAUAUAGGAGGUAUGAGCAUGCAGGUGUCUCUGAGUAACUGCCCCAUCCCUGCUUCCUUGACUUAAAGUAGGUUCAAGACCCUGGCCUAGCCUAAAACGCAAUUUGUCAUAGUCUAUAAAUAGCAGGGUCUGGAGGCAGUAGUGUGGGGGAGGAAGAUAUACUACCUGCUUAUGCCAAUUUCUCAGACUUAGAAAUAAUUUUAUUUAUAUAUGUAUAAUAUAUAUGCACAUAUACAUACAUUUUAUCUCCAGUGUCAGAAGAGAUUCCAUCCAUUUAUCAAACAAGUGUUGAAGCGAGCUGGGGGGCUUGAGUACAGGAGUGAAGAAAGAAUUUCCUGAGUAAGCUGAGUAAGAGUAUGAAUGCAAAAUUUAAGGACUACAACAGCGAGGAAGUCCUGCUGUCCCUUGCCGUACUUCCUCCACGCCGCUAAGUGGCAGUGCGGAUACCACGUCCCGAUAGGCUCCGCGCGGGCGCGCAUCUCAAGCGGGCGGAAGAGCCGGUGCGCAAGGCAGCCUAGCCGGCGGAAGUGGCUCGUGCGCCGGCAGACGCCAUGCCGGGAGACCACCGCCGCAUCCGCGGGCCGGAGGAGUCCCAGCCCCCGCAGCUGUACGCGGCCGACGAGGACGAGACGCCCGCCGCCCGCGACCCCACGCGGCUACGACCGGUGUACGCGCGCGCGGGGCUGCUGAGCCAGGCCAAGGGCUCGGCCUACCUGGAGGCGGGAGGUACCAAGGUGCUGUGCGCCGUGUCGGGCCCGCGCCAGGCCGAGGGCGGCGAGCGCGGCGGCGGCCCUGCGGGGGCGGGCGGCGAAGCCCCGGCCGCCCUCCGUGGCCGCCUACUCUGUGACUUCCGCCGCGCACCCUUCUCCGGUCGCCGGCGUCGCGCGCCCCAGGGCAGCGGCGAGGACCGCGAGCUGGGUCUGGCGCUGCAGGAGGCUCUGGAGCCCGCCGUGCGCCUGGGGCGCUACCCUCGUGCUCAGCUCGAGGUGUCCGCGCUGCUGCUGGAGGACGGUGGCUCGGCGCUGGCCGCGGCGCUCACGGCUGCCGCGCUCGCCUUGGCCGACGCGGGAGUGGAGAUGUACGAUUUGGUAGUGGGCUGCGGCCUGAGCCUCGCACCGGGGCCCACCCCUACCUGGCUGCUGGACCCCACGCGGCUCGAGGAGGAGCACUCUGCGGCCGGCCUCACGGUGGCGCUCAUGCCGGUUCUCAAUCAGGUGGCCGGGUUACUGGGCAGCGGAGAAGGCGGCCAGACUGAGAGUUGGACCGACGCGGUGCGCCUGGGCCUGGAAGGCUGCCAGCGCCUCUACCCGGUGCUCCAGCAGUGCUUGGUGCGGGCUGCCCGCCGGAGGGGUGCCGCCGCCCCGCCCUGAAACCCUGAGCAACAAGGAUGCUGAGGACUGCCGUCAUCCUUCUCUCCCAAAAGGACCAGCGCUGAUGGUCGCCUGACCUCGCUGAGCUGAGAGCCGAGAAACGAGAGUCGGGGAGGGGCGUGCACAGAACCAGAGCACUGGACAGCUGUGUUGGAACGGUAAAAGGGCCUUUACAGACACGAUCCAGUUGGAGAACGUUGAAAGCAGCCUUACUCCCAAGUUGAAAAGGACUUACCAGGAUUUACCUGGUAUAUGAGACCUGGGGCUAUGGUCCUGUAAGGGAUGGACCCUGUGCAGGCCAGCCAGCCGUCAGCUCCAAUAUACGGUAAACCGAUUCUUCUGAGAGGAUGGACAAGGGGACUUUGCCUUCUCACUACCCGGAGUAAAACAUAAAAACCUUUUAUGUUUAUGA